CUCCAGCCAAUCGCGUCUGAACUACGGGACGGCCCCUAACAAAGAUGGAGGGGAGGGCUUCAGUGAGGGCAGGCUGAUUUAAUAGCCGAACCCACGGCGGACAGCGAAGACAGAGGUAGCGGCGCAGCCCCGACCAUGGAGGAGGGCAACAGCGCUGGCAGCGGUGGCAGCGACAGCAGCACCAGCGGGAGUGGCGGGGCGCAGCAAAGGGAGCUGGAGCGCAUGGCUGAGGUUCUGGUCACCGGAGAGCAGCUACGGCUCAGGCUGCAUGAAGAAAAGGUUAUUAAAGAUAGGCGACAUCAUCUCAAAACCUACCCAAACUGUUUUGUUGCGAAAGAACUGAUUGACUGGCUGAUUGAACACAAAGAGGCUUCUGACAGAGAGACGGCAAUUAAACUCAUGCAGAAAUUAGCAGACCGGGGCAUUAUUCAUCACGUGUGUGAUGAGCAUAAGGAAUUCAAGGAUGUCAAACUCUUCUAUCGCUUUAGAAAGGAUGACGGCACCUUCCCAUUGGACAACGAAGUGAAGGCCUUCAUGAGAGGACAGAGGCUGUAUGAGAAGCUGAUGAGCCCUGAAAACACACUCCUGCAGCCCAGGGAAGAGGAAGGGGUCAAGUAUGAGCGCACCUUCAUGGCGUCUGAAUUCCUGGAUUGGCUGGUUCAAGAGGGUGAGGCCACCACAAGGAAGGAGGCGGAACAGCUUUGCCACCGGCUUAUGGAGCACAGCAUCAUACAGCACGUGUCCAACAAGCACCCGUUUGUGGACAGCAAUCUUCUCUACCAGUUCAGAAUGAACUUCCGGCGGAGGCGAAGAUUGAUGGAGCUGCUCAAUGAAAAAUCCCCCUCCUCCCAGGAAACUCAUGACAGCCCCUUCUGCCUGAGGAAGCAGAGCCAUGACAAUCGGAAAUCUACCAGUUUUAUGUCAGUCAGCCCCAGCAAGGAGGUCAAGAUCGUGUCUGCCGUGCGGAGGAGCAGCAUGAGCAGCUGCAGCAGCGGCUACUUCAGCGGCAGCCCCCCCCCCAGCAGCAGCCCCCCCGUGCUCUGCAACCCCAAGUCUGUGUUAAAAAGACCCGUCACUUCUGAGGAACUCCUGACUCCCGGGGCUCCGUAUGCGAGGAAGACAUUCACGAUUGUUGGUGACGCAGUAGGCUGGGGCUUUGUGGUGCGAGGCAGUAAGCCAUGCCACAUCCAGGCCGUGGAUCCCAGUGGCCCAGCAGCCGCAGCAGGAAUGAAGGUCUGUCAGUUCGUCGUCUCUGUAAAUGGGCUUAACGUGCUGCACGUUGACUACCGGACGGUGAGCAACCUGAUUCUGACGGGCCCACGGACGAUUGUGAUGGAGGUCAUGGAGGAGUUAGAGUGCUGAGAGGGCAGCCCUCCCAGCCCAUCCCGUGGCCUGCGGAGGAUCAAAGGCAGAACAACACAAAGCUCUGCAAUGACAAGACUUCUGUAUACCUGGAUGGCUUUGGACAUACAGAUCUUUUCUCCGUACAUACACAUCCUAAUUUGAGUUUCACACACUGUUUCCCUGUUGAAUGUGGAAGAACCGGGUAAUACAUCUUUUUUAAAAAAAAAACAACAAAAAAACGACUUACGUCAGUGUAGAAAAAGUUUGAGAAACAGAAUUUUUUUUACAUAGUAGCAUUGCCUUACUCAAUUUCCAUUUGUAGUUCUCAUCCAUUGUUUUAUAUCUUAGUUUGCAGAAAGUUGUUGAAAUGCUUCUCUUGCCAAAACAGCCAUGUGCUAAAAUCCCCUUCACAGGAGUCAGUAAAGUAGUUUUUACAGACUUUAAGUUGUACUGUCACCAAAUGAGCAUGGAACUGUUUAUUAGAGGAUCUAGAUUUCACCAUAUUUCAAAUUAAAACAACAUCCAAAGGAAUAGUACUUGUUAAUUAGCAUUUUGAAGGUUGUAAAUCAUUCAGUGCUUAAAAGCCAUCAAAUUUUUGACUUUUUCUUAAUUCCUGCCUUUAGUAUCAACUUUUCACUUAACAUGUGUUUUCAGUUAUGGUGUUGGUCAAAAACCAAAAACCUUAUGAUGGUAUGGGUGGGGUAGAUAGGGAGAUAACUACUUAAAACUUUGUGCUCUGUUUUCUCUUUCUGAGCCUACAUCAUUUUGUUCUAUCAGUCAGCAACAGCAACUUUCUAGAAAUAAUCCUGAAUAUGUUGAAUGUCAAAACAGACAAGUUUGUAUAUACACAUGUAAUUCAAAAUCACGCCUCUGGCAAGAUUUCACUUUGAAGUUGUCCCUUUUUAAGUGAAGUAUUCUAGAACUUGGCGCAUAUAUGAUAAAACUUGAAAUUAAAUUGCCUUAUUGGCCCGAAUUUUCACUAGCUUUCUAGUGUGACAUAUUCUAAGGACAUGACAUGUUGCUUAUUUGGCAGGAUUAUUUUUCACCAAAAGCAACUUCUUGUGUUGUAACUCUUCAGCUCACUUGUAUAUAUGCGUGUUUCUUUUUUGGUCUCAAAGAGAAUGCAUUUUGGGGCUUGGUGUAUAGAGGAAGCUCCUCAAAGUGCCAAAUUAGGGAAUCAGGGAAUGCUCAAUUCCUCUUAUUUUCAUAUAAUACAUUCUGAACGACAAGGUUACUUUCUUAUCAUGUAGUAACAAAAUAUGAAUGUUGUACCUUGGCCAUUUUUUGGUGAUAGGUUAUCAUAAUGUAAUGGUACUGGUGGAAUGGACAUACUGUGUUAAAGAUACCACAUAUAUAUGUUUCUGGUAGUCCAACUUUUCUGAUCUGUAGCUUUAGUCAGAGAAUAGGACUUUGAAGUAAUAUAGGAUGGCUAACAUUAAUACUGUCGAUCUACAUUUGAGAAAUAUUAUCAUCUCCGUGUGUAUGUGCAUUUAAACUGUGUGCCAGGCUGUGUGCUAUGGCACUUUACAUACGUGCUCUCUUUUAAUAUUCAUCACAACCCAGCAAGGUUGGUAUUAUCUCCCCCCCAUUUUUCAGACUUGAAAAGUAAGUCUGAGCAAGUUUUAAAAUGGUCUCAAGUUCACACAGUUGCAAGAACUACUAAGUGAUAGAGCCUGGAUUCAAACACAAGUUUAUCUAACGCUAAAGCCCAUGUUACUCCCUCUCCUACAUUCCCCAGCCUUUCCGCAUUUGGGGACCUUCCGUUGAGGGCUUAUCCUGUACCCAGUGCUGUGCUAAAACUAUACAUUGCCUGUCCUUACUGACCUGUGAGGUCAGUGUUGUCAUCAUCUCCAUUUUACAACUGAGGAAACAGACUCAUAAAAAGGUUAGUCAUAUACCCAAGGCCACACAACUAGUAAGUGGGAAGCCUUACCAUUAGGCUUUUAAAAAAUGUAUAACAUCUUUAAAAGAUGAGUCCUAAAUGCCUCCUGUCUGCAUGUAUUCAUUAACUGAUAAAAGAAGGAGGAAUGCCUUUCGGGAGUGGCAUCUUCUUCUUGCUGCUACCUGUCCUUUUUAUGCAUGUCCCAACGCCCAUUGUCUUGGACCUUGAUAUAAUACCACUUCCCUUCAGCCAGUCUAAGCACCAGAGAGGCAUCUGCCUUUAUUGACUUCACACAGCCUCCUGCCUGUGAAAUUUCUUUGAUUCAGAGAGUGGCAUUGAUAUCUUUGCUCAAAUGAACACU